AUGGGUAUGAAUUUCAGGGAUCAAGCUUGGAUUCUUCUGGCGAUUUUGUGUUUUUUAUUGUUGAUUUGCUCAACUAAAGCAGUGGUCUCUUAUGAUCAUAAAGCUUUAAUCAUCAAUGGACAUAGAAGGAUCCUUCUCUCUGGUUCUAUUCACUACCCAAGAAGCACCCCUGAGAUGUGGCCUGAUCUUAUAAAGAAGGCCAAAGAAGGUGGUUUAGAUGUUAUACAAACUUAUGUUUUCUGGAAUGGACAUGAACCUUCUCCUGGAAAUUAUUAUUUUGAAGAUAGGUAUGAUCUGGUUAAAUUCAUCAAGGUGGUGCACCAAGCUGGUCUAUAUGUUAGUUUAAGAAUUGGUCCAUAUAUAUGUGCCGAGUGGAAUUUUGGGGGAUUUCCUGUUUGGCUCAAAUAUGUUCCUGGCAUAGUUUUCAGGACAGAUAAUAGGCCUUUCAAGAUUGCAAUGCAAAAAUUCACAAAGAAGAUUGUGGAUAUGAUGAAAGAAGAAAAGUUGUUUGAGACUCAAGGAGGACCCAUCAUUCUCUCACAGAUAGAGAAUGAAUUUGGACCAAUGGAAUGGGAGAUAGGAUCAGCAGGAAAAGCAUACUCACAAUGGACAGCUCAAAUGGCAUUGGGGCUGUCCACAGGUGUUCCAUGGAUUAUGUGCAAGCACGAAGAUGCUCCUUACCCUAUUAUAAAUACAUGCAAUGGGUUUUAUUGUGAGGGUUUCAAACCUAAUUCAGUCAAUCAACCCAAGAUGUGGACAGAGAACUGGACUGGUUGGUUCACGGAAUUUGGAGGUCCCCUACCAAACAGACCAGUCGAAGACCUUGCGUUCUCCGUGGCUCGUUUCAUACAGAACGGUGGUUCCUUUAUGAAUUAUUAUAUGUAUCAUGGAGGGACGAACUUUGAUAGAACAACUGGUGUGUUCGUCGCCACGAGCUAUGACUACGAUGCUCCUCUUGAUGAAUAUGGCAAUAAACAAGAAGCUCAUGUGUUCAAAUCCAAGACCUCUUGUGCUGCCUUUCUUUCGAACUACGACACGAGUUAUCCAACAAGAGUUAUGUUUCGGGGAUUUCCGUAUGAUUUGCCUCCUUGGUCUGUCAGUAUUUUACCUGACUGCAAAACCGAGUAUCACAACACUGCAAAGAUCCGUGUACCAAGCAUACCUAUGAAGAUGGUUCCUACUAGCACGCGAUUUUCUUGGGAAUCGUACCAUGAAGAAAUCCCUUCUUCAUAUGACGUUGAUACGUUUGCUAAAGAUGGUCNUGUGGAACAAAUAAGCAUGACCAGAGAUAAAACAGAUUACUUCUGGUAUCUUGCCGACAUUACAAUUAGUUCUGAUGAGAGGUUCUUGAAGACUGGUGUUGAUCCCCUUCUUACCAUUUGUUCAGCUGGACAUGCUCUUCAUGUAUUCGUUAAUGGCCAGCUUGCAGGUUAA